AUGUCUGUCAUCCAUUCUGAAACAGACACCUAUGACAUUAUUCAGAUUCUGGGCAAAGGGACAUUUGGCGAGGUGGCAAAGUGCUGGAAGAGGAGCACCGGCCAUUUUGUUGCCAUCAAGAUCCUCAAAAGUGACUCAUACCGAGCUCGUAUCAUCAAAAACGAAUUAAAAAUGUUAAGAGUACUGGGGUCAGUGGACCCUGACCAAUACCACUUCAUCCGAUUCUACGAGUGUUUUCAUGAUGACGUAAAGUCAUACUUGGUGUUUGAGCUCAUGGAACAGAACAUAUUUGAGUUCCAGAAGGAGAACAACUUUGCCCUUCUCCCAGCCAGGCACAUACGGACAAUUACCACCCAGGUCCUGAGAGCACUCCAGAAACUUAAGGACCUGUCAAUCAUCCACGCUGACCUCAAACCAGAGAAUAUCAUGAUCAUUGACCAGAAGCGAUUUCCUUUCCGUGUGAAAGUGAUCGACUUUGGAUCCGCAAGCAUAUUUCAUGAGGUGCGGUAUGUUAAAGAACCAUACAUCCAGUCUCGCUUUUACCGUUCACCCGAGAUUCUCCUUGGUCUUCCCUUCUGUGAAAAGGUGGAUAUGUGGUCCCUUGGCUGUGUGAUGGCGGAACUGCACCUGGGUUGGCCCCUUUACCCCGGCAACAGUGAGUACGACCAGAUCAGGUACAUUGUUGAGACACAAGGGCUGCCCAAGGACCAUCUCCUGAAUGCAGCCACCAAGGCCAACCACUUCUUCAGAAGGAACCCUCGGCAGAACUCUGCUCACCAGUGGCAGCUCAAGUGUGCCACUGACUACCAGGCCGAAACCAUGGUCCAACCACUGGAGAGACGGAAAUAUGUGCUAAAGUCCUUGGACCAACUGGAGACUAUUAACAUCACCAAGGCCGUCUUCCCAGAUGAUGAGGUCAUUGCUGAGUUUCACGAUCGUAAAAAUAUGGUGGAGCUCAUCAAAAGAAUGCUUACCUUGGACUCCCACGAGCGUAUCACACCCAGUGCGGCGCUGAAGCAUCCCUUUGUCACUGUACAGCAGCUCAAAAUGACCCACGAGCACACCAAAUAUUACAACCUAUCAAUCCAAGGCCUCAACGCAGCUCUGAACUGUGACAGGAGGCUGUUGACUGACCGCCACUACUUCAAUAUGGCCGAUGAGGUCUACUACCCGAACUCCGAUUACUACGAGUGCCGGCAGUCCCACCACAUCCCCAGCAUAAGCUUGAUGCAGAGGGCCAUUGACAAGAUGGACAGCUUGACCAUUGAGGAGCCGGGAGCCCUGAGCAUGUGGCCUGAGGGAGCAGGAAAUGCGGGCUACCAGCCUUCUACCUCAAAGGUGGGCAGUUCCACCUGCCUGCCCCAUUCAUAUCACCAGGGUGCUUGCUGUAGGGCACAUCGGCACAGAAAAGACCCUCCCAUGGGCUAUUACACCAACCGAUGUGCAAUAAAGCAGCGGAAGGCUCCUCACCAUUCUCAAUCAGAUCCCAGCUUUGGGAAUGUGAUCCUGCUGGGGCAGGAACCUCCCACAGAGGCCAUCAACUGGGAGGAGGAAGAAACAGAGGCAAUCUUCUCCACAGCCCCGUCAUCAGCCCAGGAGGCAAACCGACCUGAGGAGCUGCUGAAAACCAGAGAGCCUUCAGGUCCCGAGGUAAACCCGGUGAAAGCAUGUGGCAACUGUGGGGUGCCGCCAAGGUUUUCAGGUGGCAACCAGCUCUACAAACGGUUAAUCAAGUACUUUAUUGGCAAAGUUGCAGCGGGUAAAUACUGCAAAAUUGAGUAG